AUGGCUCCGUCGACCUCGGCGCUGCCCGCGGCUGGCCUGGCCCUGGGCGCAGCCUGCGCGGCGUUUGCGACCCGCGCCUUCGCGAAGAAGGCAAAGAAGGAGUUCGAGAUCGAGUUCAUCCCCCGCCCGGAGGACCUUCUCGAGUCGCCAAAGUUCCCGAUGUUCAUGGGUGGCACCAAUGGCUACAUGUCCAAGGGCACCCGGGAGCGUCACGCCAUCACGUGGACCGCCAAGGAGGCCUUCGUGUUCGAGAUGCCCAUCCUCGGCGUGGCGGUCAUGAACAAGGGCGAGAACUUGUGCUACUUCAGGAAGAAGGAGCAGUGCAUCGCCCUCGGCAAACAGCUCCGCAAGAUGAAGAUCGAGAACUACAAGAUCUACCGCCUCAAGAAGGACGGCACCGUCCAGUUCAUGCACCCAGCCGACGGCGUGUUCCCAGAGAAGGUGAACAAGGGCCGCGUGCAGGUCAACGGCCGCCCCUUCAACAUCGGGCAGAGCCCGAAGCAGGUCGAGCUGAAGUACACGAAGUACGACGAGAAGACCUACGAGGCGGACCACCUGACCACGCUGUUCGUCAAGGCCCGCUGCGAGGCCUUCUCCGACACUGAGAACCUGUACGCCCUGCCGAACACGGGGCAGGAGGACUCCGCCUCCAAGGCGGCCACGGCCGCCAUGGGCGGCAGCCUGUGA